AUUAGGAAUCCGGAUUGGUAAUCGCCCCGGGAGGCGAAUUUCAGGUUGGUCAAAACUGCAGAGGCCUUCCAACCAUUCCAUCCUCUCACCCCCAACACCAAGUCGAUACCCAUAUCCUGUGACAUCACAACAAAUCAGUCACAAUGGCCCGCCGUCCCGCUCGUUGCUACCGGUACUGCAAGAACAAGCCGUACCCGAAGUCGCGGUUCAACCGUGGUGUGCCGGAUCCCAAGAUUCGCAUCUUCGACCUUGGCCGUAAGCGCGCGACCGUCGACGACUUCCCUCUCUGCGUCCACCUCGUCUCCAACGAGUAUGAGCAGCUGAGCUCCGAGGCCCUCGAGGCCGCGCGUAUCUGCGCCAACAAGUACCUCGUCAAGAUGGCCGGCAAGGAAGGUUUCCAUCUCCGUGUCCGUGCCCACCCGUACCACGUCGUCCGCAUCAACAAGAUGUUGUCUUGCGCCGGUGCCGAUAGACUGCAGACUGGUAUGCGUGGUGCGUGGGGCAAGCCGAACGGCACUGUCGCCCGUGUCAACAUCGGUCAGAUCAUCAUGAGCGUCCGCACUCGUGACUCUAACCGUGCCAUCGCUCUCGAGGCUUUCCGUCGCUCGCAGUACAAGUUCCCUGGUCGGCAAAAGAUCAUUGUCUCCAAGAACUGGGGCUUCACUCCCCUCCGCCGCGAGGAGUACUUGGAGAAGAAGGCCGCUGGCCGCGUUAAGGUCGAUGGUGCUUACGUCCAGUUCCUUACCAACCACGGCGACCUCGCGACCAACAUGAAGCGCUUCCCGGAGGCUUUCAGCGCUUGAAGUGGCUUGUUGGGGGUCAAUGGGGAUGGUUAUCUGGUUCGGGUUGGCGUCUACGGUCAUUUUAGGGCUGAAACGAGAGCAUGUUAACUAGCAUCAUGAUCUUGAUUUGGCACAGUCAAUGGAACCAUUCAGCCAAAGUGGUUCUCAAUGGGCAACAUAACAACAGUGCACUCGCCGGCGGUCCUCCCGUCCUUGCCGUCGGAAAUAC